UACGGAUGCGCUCAGAUUUCUCUGGCCGCAGGAAAACUGAGUCCGUCAGACAACACACUGACGUCAGUCCGCCCCCAGACACGGUCCCAUGUAUCGAGAGGAAUAUGGCAGAGGGCUUUCUGAUGGAGGUGUGUGUGGACUCUGUGGAGUCUGCCAUCAAUGCUGAACGAGGAGGUGCAGGCCGACUUGAACUGUGCUCCAGUCUCCUGGAGGGAGGCCUCACUCCCAGUCUCGGUCUGCUGCAGGUCGUGAAGCAGCAUGUCAAAAUUCCCAUCUAUGCCAUGAUAAGGCCUCGUGGAGGGGACUUCUUGUACUCAGACCAGGAGGUGGAGGUGAUGAGGAAGGACAUUGAGCUGAUGAAGAGCCAUGGGGCUGAUGGACUGGUGCUGGGAGCCCUGACGGAGGAUGGACGGGUGGAUGCAGAACUCUGUAUAGAGUUGCUAGCUGCUGCUCGUCCUUUGCCUGUCACCUUCCACCGAGCUUUUGAUCUGGUUCAUGAUCCAACGGUUGCUCUGGAGACUCUGGUAUCAUUAGGGUUCGAGCGCGUGUUGACAAGUGGCUGUGACAGCUCGGCUCUGGAGGGACUCCCUCUCAUUAAACGGAUCAUUGAUCAAGCUAAAGGCAGAAUUGUCAUAAUGCCAGGAGGAGGUAUCACAGAGAGGAAUCUACAGAGGAUUUUGGAGGGAUCAGGAGCUCAAGAGUUUCACUCCUCAGCCCGCUCCAGUAGGGAUUCUGCCAUGAAGUUCAGGAACACAUGUGUGACGAUGGGAGCUGCUUUCUCAGCACCCGAGUAUGGCCUGAAGGUGGCAGAUGUGAGCAAAGUCCGCACUCUAAAUGCAAUCGCCAGAAAUACCUUGUGAAUGGGUACUGCACAAUCAUGACUGAUAAAAGACAAGAUACCUCAAAAGUGACCACGAGUAAUUUUACUGACAAGCCAUUGAAUAAUUUCGGAAUUGCCACAGAGUGCUUUUUCUCCACUUUUUUUCUAAUCACUGAUGAAAACAGUCCUUUUAAAGUAAGAGCUCAGGGACGGCCUCACUGCCUGUUGGGAUGUGCAGUCCAUUAAAGUAUCUCUGUAAAUUGUAAUUUAACUUAAAGAUUAAAAAUGUGCUCGUUAAAAGCCCUAGCUGUUUUCUAAACAAUGGGUUUCCAUUUGCAUUGUAAUUGACCUGUAUUCAGUUACAGCUCUGUAUUUACAAUGGAAGUUAGGCAAAGCUGUGACCUCCUGUACUUUAUUUUUUACAACCACAAACACAAUGACUUGAUCCAAUGUUGUGAGAAGAAUCUAAUAAAAGUAAGAAGAUUUCAA